AUGGAUGCUGGAGGCCUCCUCCUCCUGGCUAUCUUUCUGUGGCUCCUUCUUCUCCUAUCCCGGAGACCCCAAAAAGGCAACCUCCCUCCAGGGCCCCCACCUCUGCCUCUGCUAGGCAACCUGCUUCACCUUGCCCAUCGUGGCCUCCUCAUGUCCUUCUUGGCGUUUCAAGACAAGUAUGGGGAUGUAUUCACUGUCUAUCUGGGGACUCGGCCGGCUGUUGUCAUAUGUGGACCCGAGGCGGUGAAAGAAGCUGUGGUGAAGAAUGCAAAGGUGUUCAGUGACCGUGGGAUCCUUGCCAUAGCCGAUUCAAUCUUCCAGGGAUAUGGGUUCUUUUCUAGUGGUAAUCAACAGUGGAAGACACUUCGAAGAUUCUCAAUUACUGCCCUCAGGGACUUGGGGAUGGGAAAGAAGAGUGUUGAAGAGAAAAUAAAGACUGAAGCCCAAUGCUUGGUGGAGGAACUCCGGAAAUCCCAGGGGGCCCUGCUGGACCCCACCUUCCUUUUCCAUUCAGCCAUGGCCAACAUCAUCUGUUCUCUUGUGUUCAGUGAGCGCUUCUCAUACCAGGAUACCCAGUUCCAGGGGCUGCUGAACAUGUUAACUGAAGCUUUCACCAUUAUCAGCUCCUCAUGGAUGCAGUUGUUUGAACAGUUCCCACAUUUGCUGAAGUUUUUUCCUGGGCCCCACUGCCGUGUGUUGAAAAUUGCUCAGCAUGCCAAAGACUUCAUUGCUAGCCAUGUUGAGAAGCAUCAAGAGACUCUGGACCCCAGUGCCCCCCGGGACUUCACAGACAGCUUCCUGCUCCACAUAGAGAAAGAGCAGGAGGUUCCAGGUUCUGCGUUUGAUCAGAAGUCCCUCAUCUUUACCAUCCUGAAUUUGUUCUUUGCGGGCACUGAGACCACCAGCACUACUCCGCGCUAUGGCUGCCUUCUGCUUCUCAAAUAUCCCCAGGUGGCAGAGAAAGUCCAGCAAGAGAUUGACCACGUGAUUGGGAAGAACCGUCCUCCAGAACUCAAGGAUCGAGCCAAAAUGCCCUACACAGAUGCUGUCAUCCAUGAGAUCCAGAGAUUCAGUGACCUUCUCCCUCUGGGUCUACCUCACAUGGUGACUGAAGACACCUCCUUCCAAGGCUAUCUUCUUCCCAAGGGCAUUAAUGUGUUCCUUUUCCUGAGCUCCAGUCUGAAAGAUCCUCGUCAUUUUGAGAAGCCACAUAUCUUUGACCCCAACCACUUCUUGGAUGCCCAAGGAGCUCUGAAAAAAAAUGAAGCCUUUAUCCCUUUCUCCAUGGGGAAACGCAUCUGUCUAGGUGAGGGUAUUGCUCGAUCAGAACUCUUCCUCUUCCUCACCACCAUCCUACAAAACUUCUCCCUGGUCUCCUUGAAGCCCCCUGAAGACUUAGACAUCAGGCCCCGGGAGAGUGGAUUAGGGACAUUGCCCCCAAUCUAUGAGCUCUGCUUCCUGCCCCGAUGAUGGGAAGGGUCCCUGGGGAGACACGGACAGAGGGUGUCAACCUGGCAUCACAGGGUGAUCUGUUAUUUUGAAUCAGAAAAUGUGGGCUCAAGUCCCUGUCCUGUGACAAGGGUCAUACUAGCUGUGUGACCCUGGACAAAUCACCUCUCUAGGACUGGGAGGUCAGACUAUAUGAUCUCAUUUACCUCAAAUUAGUUCAGUUCCAGAGGCAUUAUUAAUUUUUCACCAUGAUCUCUUAAGGUCUUGCCAGAUCUAACAGCCUGGAUUUCAUUCUUCUGUCAAU